AUGGACGUGGACGUGGACAUGGACAUGGACGUGGACGUAGACAUGGACGUGGACGUGGACGUAGAGGACAUGGACGUGGACAUGGACGUGGACGUAGACGUGGACGUGGACGUGGACAUGGACAUGGAAGUCGACGUGGACGUGGACGUGGACGUGGAUAUGGACGUGGAGAUGGAUGUGGACGUGGACGUGGACGUGGACGUGGUCGUGGACGUGGACGUGGACGUGGACAUGGACGUGGACGUGGAGGACUUGGACGUGGACAUGGACGUGGAUGUGGACAUGGACGUGGACGUGGACGUGGACGUGGAGGUGGUCGUGGACGUGGACGUGGACGUGGACGUGGUCGUGGACGUGGACGUGUACAUGGACGACUUGAACGUGGACUGGACGUGGACGUGGACGUGGACGUGGACGUCGACGUGGACAUGGACGUGGACGUGGACGUGGACCUGGACGUGGCAUGGACGUGGAGGACUUGGACGUGGACGUGGACGUGGACAUGGACGUGGACGUGGACAUGGACGUGGACGUGGACGUGGACGUGGACAUGGACGUGGACGUGGACGUGGACGUGGAUAUGGACGUGGACAUGGACGUGGACAUGGACGUGGACAUGUGGACGUGGACAUGGACGUGGACAUGGACGUGGACGUGGACGUGGACAUGGACGUGGACGUGGACGUGGACAUGGACAUGGACAUGGACGUGGACGUGGACAUGGACGUGAACGUGGACAUGGACGUGGACGUGGACAUGGAAGUGGACGUGGACGUGGACGUGGACGUGGACUUGGACAUGGACGUGGACGUAGACGUGGACAUGGACGUGGACGAAGACGUGGACGUAGACAUGGACGUGAACGUGGACGUGGACGUGGACCUCGACGUGGACGUGGACGUAGACGUGGACAUUGUCAUGGACGUGGACGUGGACGUGGACGUGGUCGUGGACGUGGACGUUGACGUGGACGUGGAGUUGGACGUGGACGUGGACGUGAACAUGGACGUAGACGUGGACGUGGACAUGGACGUGGACGUGGACGUGGACGUGGAGAUGAACGUGGACGUGGACGUGGACGUGGACGUGGACGUAAACAUGGACGUAGACGUGGACGUGGACAUGGACGUGAACGUGGACAUGGACGUGGACGUGGAAGUGGACGUGGAGAUGAACGUGGACGUGGACGUGGACGUGGACGCUCUUGGACCAGGCAAGCUCUUGGACUAA